UCUCUCCACAAGCGUUUCCGGUUUCUACUGGUUCCCUUCCGGGUCUCCGCGGCUGUGGAAGGUUUUGGCGCGAAUUUCUCUGAGCGCGGCACCUGGAAGGAUUCAAGAGGCGUCUUUGACAUUUUGAAGCACUGUUAUAGUUGUUCUGUUUACAUCAAGAUGUCUAGCAAAGCAAAUCCUUCUAAGAAAAGGUCUCAACAUUUAAAAAGAAAUCCAAAAAGAAAAAUUGAUAAUGAAGAAGCGGAGUUUUCAGAGAAAGAGGUUAGAAACACAGCGAAAAAAAAUAAAAGUCAUCCAAAACACCUGUCUUCUGAAGGACAAGCAAAGCAUGCUAAUCUAAAACAGGUAAAGAUCGCAACCCACAAGAGAAAAACCUGGCAACCUCUUUCGAAGAGUAGCAGAGAACAUUUGCAAACUAUGAUGGAAUCAGUAAUAAUAGCAAUUUUGAGUAACAGUAUUAGAGAAAAUGAAAAAAUUCAAUAUCAUCUGAACUUCCUAAAGAAAAGAUUGCUGCAACUGUGUGAAACCCUGAAAGUCCCUCCCAAAAAGCAGCAAGAUUUAACUCAUGUGUCAAGUCUACUGAAAAUGGAAAGGGCACAGCACAGAGCUAAUGAAGAGGGUCUGGCAUUAUUGCAGGAAGAAACAGAUAAAAUGGUGGAGACCGUAGAGUCAAUGACUGGGGAUAUUCACAGCCUAAAGAACAAAGUUCAUGUUCUGAGAAGUGAGGUAGAAGAAGAGGAAAGGAAGGUAAAACAGAUGUUUCAAAUAGAUAGUGAGGUACUCUCUCUUCCCGAACUUUCUCAGAAGAGUCUCAAAGCACCCAUACUUCAGAAAGAAAUUUUGAUGCUAAUUCCAAACCAGAACGCUCUUCUGAAGGACUUAGAUGUUCUCCAUAAUUCACCCCAGAUGAAAAACAUGUUAACUUUCAUUGAAGAAGUCUAUAAAAGACUGGAUGCCUCUUAAAGAGUUUAUUGUUUUGUUUUGUUUGUAGAUUGUUCCAUAUGAAUUUAAUGUUUACGAAUUUGUAAAAAUGUUAUUCUACGUGAUAUUGCCGGGGCUGAGGCUUCUUCAGGAUUCUCGUAAUAUGCACUUUAAAAUUAACCUCUAUAAAUCUACCAUUAACCUGUAUACAUCUAAUGUAGGCCUUGAAAACUGUUUUUAUCAAUUCCUACAUCUAGGAACUCACAUUUAUGUUGCUGUAUUUCCAGUUAUUUGCCUUAAACCCUAAAAUGAGAACAGCCACAAUCUGAUGGUUUAUAAUGGCUGAAUAGAGUUCAUUUAUUGGUUAGUGCAGAGGAAAUAUGAUACUGUGACUUAACAUAUGUAAAGUGUUUAUAGUGCCUAGCACAUAAACAUGUAAGUGUUUGGUAUCAGUAUUGUUUUUUAGCUGAUGACUUGCAUUUUCUGUCUGGUCAUGUGGAACUCUAGAAGUCCCCAAAUGCCUUUGCUCUUUUAUGUAACUCCCUAGACUUUUUGUGGCAUAAUUAAUAUCUGCCAGGUGUCUUUAACUUUAGAGGUAGCAUGAACAUUUUAUUUCUUUGGUUAGGUUAGUGAAUAGAUGUUGAAUAUUUAUUUUCUACUCUCAUCAGAGCAUACCUUUAUUUCAUAAAAUUGUUAAAAACGAACCCAAGUUCAUUUAUUCCCUUAAAAUAAACACCAACCAAAAAAAAAUCCCUUCUUUCUAAAUCUUUUCUCAUUGCGAUAAUAAGCAUAUACACGUGAAGAAAUUAUCACUUAAAUAUAUUAAAAAUCAUUUUUAACCAACCACAGUAUAUUGUCUGGGUUGCUUUUAUCUGUUUAUAAAAUAAAAUAACUGUAAAUUAAUUACUUUUCUGUCUAACCUAGAAUGUUUUGUCAGUUAAUUUAGAGGGUGCUAUAAUUUUGUUAAUGCCCUCCAGGCUGAGACCACCAGGAAGACAGCUUCAGUUAAAUAAGUUGGAUUUAGUGCUCACUGCAGUGAGGGAGACCACACGUCAUGGGGAACCCUGGGCAGCUCAGCAAAAGCGUCAAAAAAAAGAUCUUAGGAAAUAAUGGUCAAAAAGGACCUUAAUGGAUCUUAAGGGAAAUAAAGUCUUCGAGAAAGGAAACCUAUAGUGCAGCAUUUAAAGAGAACAUUACAGUAUAUACUUUGGACUGUCUGCUACAUGCCAGGCAAAGCAACUAAAGGAAAAAGGUUUCACAACAUGUCUUAAAACUUAAAAACCCUUGUGUUUUUAGACUGGCAAGUAGAGCCCCAAAUCACUUUUAUCAUUAACCAUGACAUUUAUAAUCGCUUUUGGUGGGGAUGAAGGAGUUACAUUAAGUCUGCUGUUUCCCUCAGAACAUCUGUUUAACAGCUGAUUGAAAGUCAACAGGAAUAUCACUGUUGCUGAGGGGUAGUUCUCUACCAUGCAUAAACUGGUCAUACUACCCUCUUGUAGCUUUGAAAAGUACAUGAUCUAAUUUUGAGAGACGUACAGUAUCUUCUGGCAGGUAGCAGGCAACAUACACAAUAUUUUCUUCAAAGGUUGAAUUGUGGUAUACUCUUUGUGAAGAAUUUAAGAGUUAAUUACAGACCCAAAUAAAAUUGAAAUUCAACUGCAAAAGGUCCCAGUAAUUCAGAUGGUCAUCUUAUGUAGUAUCCUCGUCUGUCUAAAUUCUCAUAUACACAGGCCAUGCCAACUAUCAUACACCUUCUCUCCAGUGACUGAUAAGUGCCCAUGCCAGAAACUUUAAAUUCUAAAAGAUAAAUAUUUUGGAAUGGAGCCUAUAUGGUGUAAAAAUGUGGCUUGUAAUAAAGAUAGAAUAUCAAAUAAAAUGUAGAGAAAAUAAAUUAUUCAAUAAAUGGUCUUGAGACAGCUAGCAAACCAACCGCACUGGGGAUGGCGGUGGAGGGUGGUGGUAAAUAUUCCUACUUUAUGACAGAAUAGAUUCAAAAUAAAUAAAAUUAAAUAGAAAAAUAGAAACUGAAUAGAAUUUAUGAAUAAAUAACUGAUGUCAGUGUAGAUAAAGCCCGACAGUCAUACUUGUUUUGUAGUACUUCACUUUAUUGCAUUUCGCAGAUGCUGUGUUUUUUACAUACUGAAGGUUUGUGGCCACCCUGUUUUGAGCAAGUCUAUUGAUGCCAUUUUUCCAACACCAUUAUUUUUUAAUUAAGGUAUAUACGUUUUUUAAGAUAUAAUACUGUUGUACACUUAGUAGACUACAGUACAAUGUACACGAAACUUUCAUAUUCACUGUGAAGCCAAAAAAUUGUUGCAAGAUUUGCUUUAUUGUGGUGGUCUGGAACUGAACCUGCGGUAUCUCUGAGGUAUGCCUGUAUUAUUCAUAUAAACAGAGACAAAACCAUAAAGAAAAAAAAUUAAUAGAUCAUUACAUAAAACUGAACUUUUUAAAAUAAAAAUUAAAAAACCAAGCCAAAGACACAGCACAGACUGAAAAAUAUCUGUAGCAUAUAUAAAACAAAAAUAAUAUCUUUAUUCAUAAAGAGCUCUAAAAUACCAGUAAAAAAUAGAUUAAAUACCAAUAGGAAAAUGGACAAUUCUCAGAAGAAAAUACAUAAAUGGCCAGUAAGUACUUGAAAGAUUUUCAACCUUAAAAUAAUCAUGUAAAUGCAAAUUAAAACAGCAAAACUUUUUCACCUAUCAGAUUGGAAAAGAUUGAAAAAGGCUGAAAGGGAAAGUCGCUGAACAUACAGGAAAAUGGGUCCCCAAUAAUGCUGCUGAAGGAAGGAGGGAAAAUGUUGUAAUUUGGGGGGGGAAGGCAGCCUGUACAGAUGUUACAGAAACACAGUUUACUGUCAGUCAUUUAAAAUUAUUAUUUUAUAUGGGUUCUAACCAUUCUCCAGCUUUCCGUUGGGCAUAUGUUUAACAAACAGGUUUUGCUUAAAUAUGAGACACCUGCCCAGCAACCUAAAAUUAAGGGAUUUACUUUCUUUCAUUUGGACAGAAUUUCUUGGCAUUCUCUAUUUACCAGAAAUAAAUGCAGGUGCACCUGUCAACAUUAAUAUUUGAAUCAUUUAGGUUGGCUUAGUUUCCAAACAGAAGUAUCCUAAAUCCUCUCAGGUUUCAUUCAUUGUCAAGAAAUUCAGCUUUAAGGAAGAGAGAGGAAAGAAGGAAAGCAAAAGCAGAGAGAAAUUCAAAUUUCCCAUUUGUGCUUUAUUCUGUCCUAAGUGACUGAUACAUUUUUCUGUUCUAACUAGUUUUCUCAUUAAGAGUUGCUACCCUUGAAUGUAUUUCUCCCCACUUAACCACCACACAACCACUUUCUCUUGCCUUAGGUGUUUGUCUCCUUAUUAAAGUGACAGCUGUUUGUAGCAACCAUAUCCAAAGACUGGUUAUACUUGUUAAAAUUGAACAAAGAGGAAGAUGAAGGAGGGACGUUUUCCAAAUACAAUAAAACUACCAUAGAGUACUUUUUUUACAUAGACUUUAUUCCUUUUUUAACUAACAGAAACAAAUGUGCCUUAGCCAGUUUUACCCAUUUCCACCCCCAAGGAGGUCCUUAAAAUUAAGGUAAGUUUUCAAAUGGAAUGACAGUGCUGUAUAACAAAAAUAACAAUGGUUAAAAUGGCUGAUAUUUAUUGAUAUGUGCUAUAUGCCAGGCACUAUUCUAAGCCCAUUACAUGUACACAUGCAUUUAUACCAAUGUUUAAUCCUAAUAACAACCCUAUGGGGAUUAAACUUCAUAGCAAAUCACUGUUAUUCCCAUCCUGCAUAAUCAGAGACAAAGGAAGCUAAGUAACUUUGUUUUAAGAUCACUCAAAUAGUAAGUGGUGAUAGAGCUAGGAAGUAAAAAAGGUCAGGCUGUUUGUCCUUUAGAGUUUUAGAGUUUCCCACAGUCUGUUUACUGUCCUGUCCCUGAGAUGUUGUUUUAAAUUUUCCUCGAUCCCCAGUGAGGCUUUUUAAAAUCAGAUUUAUUUCUGCAUAGGAAGUUAGACAGUUUGUCUGUUUCUUUUUAAUAAAUUUUUAAAAUUUUUAUUUAUUUUUGGCUGUGUUGGGUCUUCGUUGCUGCAUGCGGGCUUUCUCUAGUUGCGGCGAGCAAGUCUACUCUUUGUUGUGCAUGGGCUUCUCAUUGUGGUGGCUUCUCUUGUUGUGGAGCACGGGCUCUAGGCACAGGGGCUUCAGUAGUUGCAGCACGCGGGCUGCAGUAGUUGUGGCACGUGGGCUCAGUAGUUGUGGCUCGCGGGCUCUAGAGCACAGGCUCAGUAGCUGUGGUGCACGGGCUUAGUUACUCCGCGGCAUGUGGGAUCUUCCCGGACCAGGGCUCGAACCCGCAUUGGGAGGCGGAUUCUUAUUAACUGCACCACCGUGGAAGUCCCACAGUUUGUCUUUAACACCUACAUCAUUACCCAAAUUUGGACACCUUAUUUUGGAUAUCUGCCCUUCACAUACAAGGUCAUAGUCUCCACUGUCACUCCUGAAACACAUGUGUUAGUGUUUUUAUUUGCAGUGACAUUUCUGCCUGAGGCUUCUUUGACUUUGUUUUGAAGUUUAUUUUCAAGAAUUAAAUGAAAAAGCCUAUUGAGCCCGUUAUUGCUUGUAUUUAUUUAUUCUUUCCCCCUGCUUAGUUGUUAGAUGAGUGACCCAGUGCCAGAGCCCAGAGAAUGCCUGGAAUGUGAGCUAACACUGCAGAACCACUAAUAGAAAGAAAACACAAAAGUGUUCUUUAUAAAGAAGGACAUAGUGAGAAUGACAUUACCAGGCUCUUAAGUGGGGAUGGUCUUAGGACACUGAUAAUUUCAAGAGUGGAAGCAAAUUCGGAAGCACAACCAGCCCCAGAGAGUUGCAACUAAGUAAUCCAUCUCAGUUCUCAGAAAUUGCACCAAUUUUUAUCUUUUCUUUUUUUUUUCUUUUUUAUCUUAAUGUCAUGGGUUUUUAAACCUUUUUCCAGACCUUUUAGGGAAAGGUCUGGAAGAGCUAGCAUUUCUUAAGCAUCUACGUAUGCCUAGAAUAUUAAGAAAUUUGUAUUUCUUUUUCUGGUCAUGGAUGCAUAAAGAUAGAAAUUCUAUCCUAAAACGUUUAUUUUUUACCAAGGAAACGAUUAGGGGCCCAAGAAUCUGGACUUGUUUAAGGCCCUCAGAGAGGGUGUCAGCAGUUUCAGGAGUUAAUAAGAUCAAGUCUGAGAUCUGUUUUACAGAAAAAUGAAAUACUUGCCUCAUCUAUUCUGAGGACAAUAACAAAGGGGCAUAAAAUUCGAAGGAAAGACUUAAAUUUAAUAUAAUGAGUGUUGUGUCCUAUCCGAAAUGAAACCCUAAAAGAUGUUUAUAAGUGGUGAGUGACAGAUUCUAAUUUAUUGAAAAUAUUCUGGUAUUUGCAAGGCACUAUCUCGAGGAUGAUUUCUCAGUUUGAGUCGGUAUAAAGAGAAGUAGUUGUUUGUGGUCCCGUGAUACCGAGUUCGUAUUUCUUCUCAUGUCAUUUUCUUCGAGAAUGAGUUCUUCCGCACGACUAACCUACCUGUGUUGCUGAUGCUUAUCUACUCAACCGGACUUGGUCUUGGGGCGGCAAUGAACGGUGUCAUUGGUACAUUGCCAACCUCAUCUCCUGCUUCCCGAGUGUGUGUCCAUGAUGACAAGGGGAACCCCGUGUCUUGGUCUGUCACAGACCAGUUUGCUACCAUGUGCCAUGGCUAAACCCUGCCAGAGCAUUGCAGGAAAGGUUACAGCCGGCUGGUGGCCCUCACGCUGGCCAGGAAGUUGCAAAGCCAGGGAUUCCCCUCUCAGGGCAACAUCCUGGAUGACAACGUGUUCUCCAUCAGCCUCCUAAACAGCAUUCAAGCCGAGUUCUUGCCUGGUCGAUUCUGUAGGCUUAUUCUCACCCCUGCAGCUUUCUCUGGGCAAGUUCACCCCUAGCCCAUUAGAACUCCAGGAAUUUUCUUCCUUUUUCUGAACAUACACAUGCUCCUAGCUGUCAAUGAGGGGAAAAAUUAAAACUAGAAUCAGGAGAACCUUAAAUUUUUGAAAAGGACCAGAAGACAAGCAGGGUUAGGCUGGGAAUGCCUAACUCUCCCUGUCUCAAGUUUCUAAAGUAAUGACUAUAGGGGUCAGAGACAGCUAUGGGUAAAAACAGGAUAAUUAUCUUCCUUUGCGAUCCACUGUAGGAAGAAGGUUCUAAAGUCAGAGGGUCUUCGCAAAGGAGCAGAAAUGACUGCAUGAGAACAAGUGAUUUAACACGGGAGCAUGUGGCUACUGCUUCCUUAUUGCUGCUUGGGCUUCUGCUCGGUGUUCUCAUUACCACGUCAGUUCCCUACGACCCAAAAUAAUGCUCCCCUGUGCCUGCCACUGCUGUUUCCCCAAACGCUCUUCCUACCACCUGUGACUCAAGUUCUCUGUAGAAUAUUCUGCUUUUUUCCCUUUAAUUACUGUCUCUCCACUUCUGCCUAGGACUCUAGCAUAUAGUUCUUCCCUAGAAAUGUUUGAAUGCAGUGGUUCUCACCUUUUAGUGCCCUUCAGAAUCACCCGGAGGGCAGGUUGCAACACAGAUGGCUGAGCCUCUCCCCACAGCCCCAGAUUCAGUAAGUCCGAGGUCAGGCCUGAGAAUUUGUACUGCUAACAAGCUUCCAUUUCUCAGUUGCCUUGGAUGGAGGAAUGAAGAUAUGGGCAUUUUAAAAGCUAGAAACAAAGGAACAACAACAAAAACAAAUAAAUCAAUAAAAAAAAUUUUUAAAAAGCUCGAAACAGACGAUGUCAGCAUAGGACUGGACAUUGCCUAUCACCUAUUCCAGCCCCCUUGUUUAUAAUCUGCUUUCUCAUGGGAAACUAAGAUGCAUAUGUAGGUGUGAAUCUGGAUAUGCAAAUGCACAUGUAAACAUACAUACACAUAUAUUUACAUUUAUUUAAUGUUUCUGUAUGCAUAUGUACAUACUCAGAGAAUUUUGAUAAGAUAAACUUUAAUUCUCUCAUUACAUAUGAAGAUUUAUGGGCCAAAGAAAAUAAAUGACUUCUUUGAGAUCAUAUAGAUAAUCAGUGCUAGAGGCGGAGCCAGAACAGUGUUAUUUUGAUUUCAACCUUUUUUUUCCCUAAGCCAAGUAUCUUUUUCAUAAAGGAAAUUUAAAUGAUUACAUUGAUUAAAUGAUUAUAAUCUAUACUCUUAUUAGUCUUUUAUCCUUAUCAGAAUUUUUGUUUUAAUUUGGAUUCCAAUUGAUUGUGUAUGCAUAUCUUUCAAGGAAAAUAAAGGAAGAGAUAAACAUCACAAGCUAUGUUCUUCUAUCUGCAAUAAAAGCAGACACAAACACAAUGGUUGGAUUUAUCUAGUCUGGAUAAAGUUGACUUAGCCAUAUGGAAAAUAUUGGUUUCUUACCCCAUGGAGGUCACAAACAUCCCGACUACAAAGAUUAGAGGAAAUCUAAAUUUUAGGUGUUUAUUCUUAGAAAAGUAAACAAACUGGCUGAAGGAGAGCUUUGUUUUGAUAAAAAAAUAUGAUUCCUUGGGAGUGACAGUAUGCUUAGGUCACCAGGAGCCAGUUGUUACCUAGAGACUUAUCAUUGGUGCCAGAGGGAAGAGGUCUAAGUAACUGGGGUCCAUAAAUCUCUCCGGAGAAUGUGGUCUAGUUUCUGCCCCAGGGAUUCUCAUUAUCUUUAGCAUUGAUAACUGAGGGUUACUCCCAGCUGGUACAUGGCAUCAUUAUUAUAGCCCUGUGCCUUAUUGUCUUACUACUAAUAAUGUGCCUACUGUUUACUUAACAUUUAACUACAUGCUGAUAAUUGUGCCAAAUUUUAUAUAUACUUUUGUGUGUGUGUGUGUGUGUGUGUGUGUGUGUGAUUUAUCUUAUUGUGGGAAUUCUGGCUGGGGGGUGGGUUAUGACUCAUCAAAGGUUAUGCAAAUUUUAAGCCGUGAUCAGAGCCUGAGUUUGUCAGAUUCUGAAGCCUGUACUUUGAAUUAUUAUGCUAAUUGGCCUCUCAGGCAGCUAGGAACUCUCUGAGGACUCAGUACAGGCAACAUGCUCAACUCUGCAGAGAUGUGUACUUGGCUCUGGGUGGAUGCGGACUGGGUUUUGCAAUUGUCUGCGUAUUUAGUGAGCAUGAAUGUUCACCCUGCCUAUAAGACUCACUGAGGGGAAAUACAGAGGAAGAAUGGAGAUUUCAGUCUGCUCAAACUUUGGGAGCAGGACAAGGCAGGGCAGUUUCGGAGGACAUUUAGACAUCCUCUAGAAUAGAAUCUCAUUUAAUAACACAAGUUUUGUUUCUACUCAUUUUGCAUUUUUCAUGACGAAUUUUUGUUUGGUGAUUUGAAUUUUGAGAAAAAAACAUGAAAGAACUCUAAAUUAAAUUUCUUUAAGUUGUCUGUGAUAAUACCUAAAGUUUUAUAUCCAUUUUCCCUAAUCUCAGUAAACACUAGGAGCAGAGAAAAAAUAAAACUGAAAGUAAAACACAGCCGAUGGAAUAGCACAGCACCUACAACAAAGGUGAUUUCUCCCUUCUAACCUGGGACGUUAGCAUUAAAAUUAUUUUAGUUGGGGAAAAUAAAAAUAGUAAAAAAAAAAAAAUGCAGAUGGAGGGAUUGUUGUGUCAGUAUAGGUAACAUUAACAGCCUAAUUCUCUUUCCCCAAGUUUCUAUUCACCCAUGUUUCUCAAUCUCUGAUAGAAAUCUUGGCUCCAGCUAUUAAAACCCAGUUGCCGACAGCCCUUUGCUUUUUCUGAUCUUACUGUACCUGAGCAAUGAGGUGAAAGAGAGAAAGAAGCCACUCCCAGCCUCUCCCCUUUUCUUUACCCCCUCCAACCUCAGCAGUGCUGGUGGCAUGUGUGUUCCAGCCCUGUUCCAAUUUUGUUCACUUCUUUUUAAAAUUAUUUAUUUAUUAUUUUUAUUUAUUUAUUUGGCUGCGUCAGGUCUUCGUUGAGGCACAAGGGAUCUUUGUUGAAGAGUGUGGGUUUUCUCUCUCUAGUUGUGGUGCGUGGACUCUGUAGUUUGCAGGCACGUGGGCUCUCGCUGAGGGGCACGGGGCUUAGUUGCCCCAUGGCAUGUGGGAUCGUAGUUCCCUGACCAGGGAUCAAACCUAAGUCCCCUGCAUUGUAAGGCAGAUUGUUUACCACUGGACCACCAGGGAAGUCCCUGUUCACUUCUUGAGUGAACUUUUGCUCACUCCCCCUUAUUCUGGCUCUUGUGAUUUUAAAAGUUACAAAUAAAAAUAGCUAACAUCUGGGUAUUCUUCUUCCUAAUUGAUGUGUGGCUUUCUCUCCCUGUAACAGAUCUAUGUGUUUCCAAGGCAAAAUAUACUCUAGGUUUUAAACACUGUUAAAAGACAUUGCUUAUAAUCCAGUAAGACUGUCAGACUUUAGUUAAUACCAUGCAGUUACUGCAGUGAACACGAGAUGUAAGUUUUAGUUCUAGAUUAUUUCCCAAAGAGAGCACUUGAUAUAUUUCUAGUUGUCCCAUUAGAAUUUUUGCUUUUUUUUUUUGGCUGCGCUGUGCAGCUAUGGUAUCUUAGUUCCUGGACCAAGGAUAGAACCCAGGCCCCAGCACUGAAAGUGCCGAGUUCUAACCACUGGACCACGAGGGAAGUCUCUCUGCUGCAUUUUUGACUAUUUCCUUUCAUCAGAUUCCUGAGACUAAGAACAUGGAAAAUAAAUAUGCAAAAAUAACAAUACAAAUUUCAGGAAAAGAAAAUAGGUUAAAAGGGGAGAUUAACCCCACAAACAUUAAAACAUACUAUAAAACCUAUAUAAAGUGUAGUAAUGGUACAUGAUUGUGCAGAACAAAGGGGAAAAAAAGGUCCAGAAAUAACAAGUACACAGGAAAGUUUAAAAUAAGAUCAAAGUGGCAUCUCAAGUCUCUGGGGUAAAGAUGGAAUUUUAAAUAAGCGGCAGUGAGACAAAUGGAUAGCAAUCUGAAAAAAAGUAAAACUAAAUUAAACUCAUAUUUCAUACUUAUACAAGAAUAAACUCCAAAUUGAUCCAAGAUAUAAAUAAAUAAAUAAAGCCUUUAAAAAGAAAAGAAGUCAUACAAAUACUAGAAGAAAACAUUGGUUGGUUCCUUUAUAAUGUGGGUAUAAGGAAAGGCUUUCCAAAUUCAGAAGUAAUAAAUUAAGUUUGAUAAAUAAAAUACAUAUGUAUGUGUGCAUGUGUGUGAUUUCUCAGUGGCAAAAGAUCUGGCGUCAAAAUAUAAAUUACACACUAGGAGAAACUAUUUGCAAUUUAUAUCACAAAUAGAGAACUAUUUUCCAUAAAAUAUAAAGAACCCUUAACACUGAGAGGAGAAAAAAAAUUUACUCAAAUCCAAUAGAAAAAUGGGCAAGAGACAUGGUUAGUUCACAGAAAAACAAAUAAAAUGACCCUUAAACAUAUGAAAAGAUGCUUAACUUCACUCAAAAAAAAAGUGUGAUUAAACUGUCAUGCAAUACUUUUAAAAAAUAUUGAGAACCCAAGUUUGAAGCUGUAGAAAAUAGGCAUACUCAUAUACGGUAGUGGGAGUAGGAAAGUUCCAACUCCAGUGACGGGAAUUCAGUACCAUCUAAUAAAAUACAUAUGCAUUUAUACAAGCAAUUCAACUUCCAGAAGUUUACCCUGAGGAUUCCUCCACAAAUAUAAAACCAAUGUUUGCACUGGGUUAUUCACUCCAAUAUUAUUUGUAAUAUCAAACUUUUAGAAACAACCUAAAUUUCCAUCCUUCAAAGUCCAGGUGAAUGAAUUACGACACAUCUACACAGUGAAGCACUUAUAGCAACAAGGAAGUUCUCUGUGAUGUAAUUUGAGGUAAUUUCCAUGAUACGUUUUUAAGUGGGAAAAAAAAGCUACAUGUACAAGAGUAUGUAAGAAAGAAUGAGAAAAUUAGUGUAUAUCAAAUAGAUCUCUGCUAACCUUUCUUUUGCAAACAGAAACACAGGAAGAUUAAACGAGAAACUAUUUUUUAAGUGACCUAUAAGUAGUGGAGUUAGGGAUGGGAGUAAGACUUCCCCGAAUAUAUAUCCCUUUUAUAUUGUUUUGACUUUUGAACAAUGUAGGAACCUGGGAUUAAAAAUAACAUCUAUUCUUUGGCUCUGUUGACUGAAAAGGGCUACAAGUAACAACACUCAAUGAUCAUCCCUGAUAGUCAGAUCUUCAUAAAUACCUUUCAGGGAAAAUAGAACUCUUGGAGAAAAGGCUGAAGAACAGGAAAAGGAAAGAAGAAAAGGAAAGAACACCUUGGGCAAGAAAGUAAGGAAAUGCUCGAGACUAAAUGUGGUCAUGUUGGGAAUUCCCUGGUGGUCCAGUGCUUAGGACUCCACGCUUUCACUGCCAAGGACCCGGGUUCAAUUUAAAAAAAAAAAAAAUUGGUCAUGUCAAAAGAAAACAGAACUGGUACAACGAACUUCCUACUUGGCAAAUUUGAUACCAUAUAUAACAGCAUCGAAAAUAACAAUAAUGUAGUGGAUUAUAACACCUGAAUUUUUUUUAAAAAUCCUUGAAUCCACAAUGAUAUGAAAAUGAGGUGGUCUGGCAAACAAAAAAUCUUCUUUACAGAAGAAUACCUACUAAGGAAUGUAGAAGGAAUGGCAAAUUAGAAAGUUGACAUUUUGCAAUCUCCAAUUUAAGAAUUAACUCAAGCAAGGAUUAUUAUUAAAUAAUAUUAAAUAAAAUUUAUUUAAUAUUAUUACUACUUACAAAUUGUAAAGGGUAAAAUGGACCUGUAUAAUGGAGAUGACCGGUGGUCACCAUCUUUACCAAGUGGUCAAACUUAGCAUGAGCCGCAGUGGAAGAACCCAACAUUGUGUGCCUUCUGAUACAAUGCAGUGAGAAGUGCAAUAUAUCACCACAUAGAUUUCUGGCCAAGACUGCGUAACCUGAAUCUAAUCAUAAGGGAAGAAUCAGAAUAAUCCAAAUUGUGGAUGGAACAUUCUAUCAGAUAAUUGGCCUGAACUCUUCAAAAAAGUUAAUAUCAGGGGUGGGAAGAAAAGAUGUGAGUGCUUCAUUCUAGAUUUUAGGAGACUAAGAAACUUAAUCACCUGUGACUCAUGAACCUUUAUUGAAUUCUGGAUCAGAGGAACAAACUCUAAAACACACAUUUUGUAGACCAUUGGGAAAAAUUUAUUAUGAUACAUUAAAUGAUACUAUCAAAUUAAUGUAAAUUUUCUUAAGUACGAUAUUGGUAAUGUGGCAUUUAUUUUGUUAAGAUGCAUGCUGAAGUAUUUAGCAGUAAAGUAUGAUAUCUGUAACUUAAUUUCAAAUAAUUCCUAGUAAUGUCUAUAUAGUGUGUGUGUGUGUAAAGACAGAGAGUGAUCAAAUAUGAUAAAAUAUCAGUGAAUCCAGGUGAACAACAGCUGUUUAUUACACUCUUCUUUUAACUACUUUUACGUUUGAAUCAAAAUAAAACUAAUGGUAGAAAGUGGCAGAUUUUUACAGGCAGCUUAACCUAUGUAUAAAUGACAAACACAGGUCACCACAAAUUUAAUGUAAAAUAUUGUAUUUAAAGUAUUAUUUUAUUCUCAGUUUUCCUUGACUCAAGAGUUCUUCUUUCUCUUUUCAUUGGAAACUCCAUGACUAAUAAUUACUGAUAAAUGUUGAAUUUGUGAUGUUUGACUCUGCUCAAAAACUUUAGACCCAGAGACAUAGGAGACAAUUUAGGUGAGCAAUAGAUGAUGGAAACCUGAGAGGCAAAGAAUGCAGAAGUAGAAACAGAGAGGUCUUAAAGGAGGAAAGAAAGAAGAAGCAGAGCUCCAAAGAAAAACACUGAAAGAUAAACACAGUAGAAAUAGAAAAUUAAUUAUUUCAACAAUGGUAUCAGGCACUGGUCUAGGUACUGGAGAUACAACAGUGAUAGUUACAUUGCGGUGAACAAAAGUUUUAAAAAUCCCUGCCUUCAUUUAUUCUAGAGGAAAUGGCAUCAAUAUGUGGCAGGCGCUGUUCUAGAGGCUUUACACAUAUUAAAUCAUUUGUUCCCAACAACAACCCUAUGGGAUUGGUACUAUUCUUACCCCCAGUUUUCAGAUGGGUAAACUAAGGUAAGAAAAAGGUUAAGUAGGACGCCUAAAGUCGUUCAGCUAAUAUAUGGCAAAGGUAGAUAUUAAAUCCAGGGAGUUUGGCUCCAUCACUCACGCUCUCAAAUUCUGCACUAUAUCACAAUAGAAAGGAAGGAAGGAACUGCAUAAAAGACCAGAAAAAAAAAAAAAAAGG